CGUGAGGCUGCGCAUGCGCCGAACGGUCACGUGGUGGCUAGCCGGGGAAAAUGGCGGCUUCGGGGGAGAGCGGGGCUUCUGGCGGUGGCGGCAGUACGGAGGAAGCAUUUAUGACCUUCUACAGUGAGGUGAAACAAAUAGAGAAGAGAGAUUCAGUUCUAACAUCUAAAAACCAGAUCGAAAGGUUGACCCGUCCUGGUUCGUCUUAUUUCAAUUUGAACCCAUUUGAGGUUCUUCAGAUUGAUCCUGAAGUGACUGAUGAAGAAAUAAAGAAGAGGUUUCGGCAGUUAUCCAUAUUGGUGCAUCCUGACAAAAACCAAGAUGAUGCUGACAGAGCACAAAAGGCUUUUGAAGCUGUGGACAAAGCUUACAAGUUGCUACUGGAUCAGGAACAAAAGAAGAGGGCCCUGGAUGUAAUUCAGGCAGGAAAAGAAUACGUGGAACACACUGUGAAAGAGCGGAAAAAACAAUUAAAGAAGGAGGGAAAACCUACAAAUGUGGAGGAGGAUGAUCCUGAGCUGUUCAAACAAGCAGUAUACAAACAGACCAUGAAACUCUUUGCUGAGCUGGAAAUUAAAAGGAAAGAGAGAGAAGCCAAAGAGAUGCAUGAAAGGAAACGACAAAGGGAAGAGGAAAUUGAAGCUCAAGAAAAAGCUAAACGAGAAAGGGAAUGGCAGAAAAACUUUGAGGAAAGUCGAGAUGGUCGGGUGGACAGCUGGAGAAACUUCCAAGCAAAUACAAAGGGGAAGAAAGAGAAGAAAAAUCGGACCUUCCUGAGACCACCAAAAGUAAAAAUGGAGCAACGCGAAUGACCACCUGGCCCUGCCCUGCCCUGCCCCAGCGCUUCCUUCCUGCUUCGAAGGACUCGUUCUCCCCUCUCCCCCCACGUUAGAGUAGCAUUCGCUUCUUAGUCCAUUUUGUUUUCAAUACAAUUUAUUACUGAUCAGAGUAAUUCUUUUGUACAUUGAAAUGAGGGCUUGGUUUUAACACCUUCCCUCCCUCACCCCUCGCCCUCGGAGCACUUGGGACAGGGAAGUGCCACCUUGGGCACUGCCUUUUCCUCCACGGCCUGUAACCUAAUAUUUUGUACUUCACCUGAUUGUGAUGGCUAGAAAGUUCAUGUAUAGUUUCUGGAAAUCAUCCAAUUAAACAUCUGCUUACAGUGGUGUUGCCGUGACUUCAGAGCCACCGUGGGGAGUCCCUUGCUUCAGGGGUGCCGCGGGACAGGAAGGGCAGGCCCUUAAGUAGACAGCAGAAGCCCUGUGGGGUCGGCAUGCGCCCUUCUGUUGGACUGACCUAUCAUUGUGGCACGAGGCUGCAAGCCCCCUGAACCCAUUCCCUUUCCAAAGAAUUAGCUGUCUUCCAGCCAGCACCAUUGUGUCCUUACCUGCCUCCCAUUAGUGGUAAUAUUCUUUAUGUAUAAUAAAUUUUUAUACCCAAA